CGCUUGUAGUAUUACAUCACCAUCGAUCGGGAAUCCGGGACAGAAAUAAUUUGAGGUUAUGUUUUGACUGCGGUAUUUCAAGUGAAAGUGAAACAAUGCCGGCAAUAAGGAUACUGGGUCGCAAAUGGCUCUUUGCAACGGACGACCUUGUGUUUCCAAGUCUCGUUGAAAUUCCAUACCGAAUAUUUUGGUUGUCAUUCCUGGCGUUCAUUAUAAAAGAUGAAUAUACGGCGUCCUGGGCCUGCGAAGGUCCCACGUGGCAAGGGUUCUCGGUCAGGCUGUUCCUGUGUGGGACCUUGGCGGUGCAGGGGGUGACUGUGGUGCUCCUGACAGCCCUGGCCAGGGAAUCUGGCCGGGGUACCAUCACUGACACAAGGAAGUUUGUUGUGCCGUUACUACUGUUGAAUUUAAUAAUGGUAAUACCAGAGGUGACGCUAAACGUCAUCGGCACAAUUUGGAUAUUUUCUUCAUUAAUACCAUGUGCUCUAACCAGCUCAUAUUCGAACGCCGUUGUCCACACUAUAGUCAUAAUGACUUGGGUACGUCUAGUAGUGGUCCUCAUGCUGGUAUACCUGAUGUACGACCCCCUGGGAGCCGUGAAUUAUGAUGACUUGCCACCUUCGAAGCAGGCUUGGUUCAACAACAAACUGACUAAAACAUUUGCUUGGAGACUGAAGUGGGCUCUGCUUUUGCUUAGAGGUGACGAGCACAGCAAGGAGGCGAUUCAGGAAAUUGCAAGACUCCUAGCUACUUUAUUCAGGUCGACGGACCUCGUCCAAUCAGAUAUUUUGGCGGGCUGUAUACUACUCAGAAUCCGACAGAAACGGUUCUGUAGACUAAACGAGGCAAACCAACGGGAAGAAACCCGAUAUUGUUCUGAUAUUAACCAAACUUUCAAUGGGUGUCCCUCAUGGAUGAACCUGAACGAUGCGUUUUUCUACCUGAACCUGUCAACGGCUGCGUAUGGAUGGAUGUUUGUGCUGUUCAAAAAUUUCUUCACUGGACUAUGUUUGCUUGCCCCGUAUAUAAGAUGCUGCUGCGGACGUCCGGAAGCCGACGUGACCGGGGACAACUGCUGCAUGUGCAACUACGCCGGCCUCAAGUACGUCUCCAAGGUGCCCGAUGAGGACAUCAUACACAUUUCCUUCACCAAUAAAGUGUUUGAGGUGCCUUUUUUCAUUAUGGCUGACCAUGAAAGGAAGAAUAUAGUAGUGACGAUACGAGGGACCAUUUCAGUGCCAGAUGUCUUCACAGACCUGGCUGGAACACACGAACCGUUUGAAGUCGAAGGUUUGCCGCCCGGUACUCGAGCGCACAAGGGCAUGGCGAUGGGAGCCGCAAAGACCAUGCAAAGGGUUAUGCCGAUCUUGGAGAGAGCGUUCCAGGAAUAUCCUAACUAUGGACUGAUUAUCACAGGUCACAGUUUGGGAGCCGCAAUAUCCGUUUUACUUGGAAUUAAAUUGAAGCCACUGUUCCCAAAUGUCAAAGUUUAUGCAUUUUCUGCCCCAUCUGGUCUUCUAAGUCGCGAAGCGUGUCGUUACACUGAGAGUUUCGUGAUGAUGGUCGGAGUUGGGGAUGACUUGGUGAUGAGGCUGGGAAUCCUCAGUGUAGAGAGCUUCAGGGACAAGCUGGUGCAGGCGCUCAACGCCACAAGGCUGCCUAAGUUUCGAAUACUACUGAAAGGCUUUGGAUACCUGUUCCGGAAUAUUCCCGAUCACGACUUGGAUGCGGCGUGGAAGUCACCAAAUAAUUUGGAAUCCAUGUUACUCGAUUCGCCCGUCAUGCCUCGAGCGUUCACGGAAAGUGAUCGAUUGUACAACGCAGGUCGGAUACUUCACAUUGCUAAAAAUAAAUCGACUGGGAAGUCAUCCAAGUCGGAGCCAAAGUACAUGAUGGCAUGGACCUCCCCCGAAGAGUUCAGAGACAUCGUGAUCAUGCCGCGUAUGCUCAUGGAUCACAUGCCGGAAAACGUACACCAUGCCAUCAAGACUAUUCUAGAAGAGAACCGUGCUGCUAGCCCUAAUAGAACUGUCAACAUCUCUGUUAUAUCUAAUUGACAAAGUCUGCCGAUGAAUGUACUACGGUCUUGUUUAACUCCCAAAAGUAGGGUAAAAAUACUCAUUAAGUGUGCAAUGUUGAUUGAUGUAAGAUUUAAUAUUGGCUGUUAAAUAAUUAUAUUUAUGAUGUGAUUAUUUUUAGCAUUCUAUACAGAUUUGAAUGACGCCUUAGAUAAUGUUAUAUCUAUCGUUAACGUCAAACUACAUGAUAAUAAUAUACGUAGCAGGUAAAAACCACGUAAGGCAUCAAAUGCAUACUUUGAGAUUAUUAUAUAAGCAUUGUUCGGACGAUUUCUAAAUAUUGUUUUUUUUAUCUAAAUAUACAAUUAUUCGAAUCUCAUAAUAUAAUAAUUAGUAAAAUAAUGUAAAAUUUCUGCAGUUUACUGUAAUAUUGUGUGCCUUCAAAAUAUUAUUGUAAUUAUAAAACUAUUUAAAUGAAAAGAUUCCAAAAUCUGUGGAACACCUUAUCUGUGGAACACCAUACGUAGUGACAUUAGUAUUUGCUAGGUAUUAUUUAGGUAUUUUAAGGAUAAUUAUAAAAUACAAUUUUUAUUUAAAUGUGCCAUAAUUUAAUUAGUUCCUGAAUAAUAUAAAACAAAAAAAAAUAUUUAUGUAAUAAAAUUGUUUUAAAUGUGAUUAUAAUAUUACUUCAUAUAGUUUUAGUCUAGUAUUUGUUUGGGAACUAACGACACGAAGCGAGGCUAUUCAGAAACUCCCCCAUUAAAUCUUCAUUUGGACAUCGAGUCGCAGCAAUACUAAAUCAUAUAGUGCGACUUAUUUCAUAUAUUUUCUAUACAAAUAGCACCGCGUUGGAUCAAGUAGUGUCGAUUCAAUAUUUCAUUAGAACGGAACUAACAACUGACCAUCGUUUUAUCUUAUGUCGUCUGUAAAAUAAUGACAAUGUUUUGUAAA